ACAGGACGGGACCCACCGGCUGACACCCGUCUAAAUUCUCAUUCUGAGAAGACGCAGUUUUCGGUUACCUUCUUGACCGGUCUGAGUUGGGCCGUUUUCAGUAGCGCGGGAGCGCAAGAGUUUGCGAUGUCGUUGUGCAUGACAAGUUGCGUGACUUCUUCGAUUUGUAUGCAAAAUUUUGUAAAACUAUGUUUUCUGGCAUUGGAGGUGUUUGGUUUAUUUGAAAGUGGUCUGGAAAGACUGAGUUUGUCAUUUGUGCACGGUCAGGAAUGUCGUAGUGACGCCCUGUGCUGAGAUUGUGAGGCGAUUUUGAUUGUCUGAUUGUAACGGGGGUAAUAAGAGGCGGUCGAAAUUGAGAAGAGUUUAAACCUAUCUGGAAAGGUUUGAAUAUGUUGUCGGAGGGAUUGAUCGCACGGCGGAUUGGGUGGACCUAAGUAAUAUCAAGGAAGUAGACAGAGAACAUUUAGCAGUCGCUGAGUGGGCACAGAUUCGUAGUUUAUGUGGUGUCUCUAAUACUCAUAUGCAAGUUGAGGUCUACCGAGCUUUUUUUUAUCUUAGUUGAUGAAUCAAUUUUUUUUCUGCAGUAAAUGACAUUUACUAUAUCGAUUGUAAGGUGGAAGAGACUCUGCGGUGACCGUGAGCACAAGCUUGUCAGGACAUCAGCCGCUGUCGUCUUCAAUUUUUAUCCCAGCACAUAUGUAAGUUGAAGGGGGAAAUGAAACAUCAUCGGUGGCAAUUACACCUGAAGAAAUUUGUAAGGAAGUAGCGAAGGGCCGCAAUGUGUCAAAACAACACUCUUGACAAACAAGCCGUGGCAAAGCGAUAUUUGAAUACUGCGAUCAACAACACAUGACGAAAGCAGAUCGAGAAGCUUAUGAUCUCCGUCGUUCACCUGAAUGAAGCACUUCCUGCGCUUGUAUUUUAAUUUAUGCUCACAGCUUGAUUUGAUGUGGUGAGCUCUGGUUCUAUGGAAGAGGGGAUGACGAAGGUUAUGUCGCUACCGUCCAGCAUGCAGCAAGAACUUGCGGCACGUGCCGUGCGAGCGUGCAUGGCUGCCGAGGCUGCCAUGGCAUCACUACGCGCUGAGUGCAAGCCUCUACAAAUUGCAAGUCCUCAGAGUGUCCUAUCCUUGAAUACAAAGACCAUGGGCAAUGCACAUAGAAGCUUACAAUUGCAGAUUGAAGCAUGUGAGAGCUUUGCUCUAUCAGCCACCGCUGCAUUCAAGCAACUCUGUGAUGUAUUAUUUUGUGUUGGCUCUGUGAAAAGUGAAAGCGGUGAACACACUGCCUUCAGUGACUAUUCAUGCAAGACCCAACUCUGGAACUCUGCAACCACCAGUGAGGGUGAACUUCUUGAGAGUCAAACACGACCACCCCAAAUAAACGCGGCAGAUGAGUCGUCUGCGAGAUCGACAGCUAAAGGCAUGUCAGUCAAUGCAACUGACAUACGAAGUCAUUGGGCUGGAGUUCAAGUGAAUAAGCUUCAAGACACUAUUCCUUGGGGACUAGAGACUGAUGCUGCAUACAUGCGAUUUCCGUCUCCUGAGAUGGAUAAUGAACCAACCAGCAGGGAUGAGAUAGUAGUGCAACGUUCUGUCGAAGAAGCAGGGUGGGACAAGCAAUUGGGGUCUCGACAUUCACAAGAAGAAGAGGAUGCACCACUAUCUGGAGACCACAUCUUGUCGUCCGAAAUACAUGAAAGCGAUGCAUCUGAACUUGCUCUAGACUUGACAUCUGAAAUUUCCUCCCAUCGGAAAUCCUCGGCCUCCUCUACUGAUUCUACAGAAAGCCAACUGGAUGAUGAAUUCAAGCUACACAAGAUAACAAGUAGUUCCCCAAUAACGGCCAUGGAGAACUCUUACAUGGGGGAGCCGGAGAGUGGCACUGUUCAAACUCAGCAAGCCACCACAUCCGAAUUUUCGGAAUCUAACACCAACUUGAGGGAGUCUGAGCAUUAUGCAACCCAGGCCGGAAGAUCUUGCCUUGAAGAGACACCACAAACCUCUAGAUUGUAUGGAGAAUCAGAGGGAACUUCUUUCCAACAGGUGAUGGAGGUCAAAUCUCCCCCAUGUGUUUCUGAUGCGCAUUCAGGUGUUUCUUCACACAUUUCCGCGGGAUCACCUCCUCCAGCUUCAUCAAUUUCUACUGAUAUCGUAGAGCUGUGUAAUUCUUUUGGGUUAAGCGAAUUGCAGCCGGAAGCACCAUCCCUCUCAACUAGGCUUGUAUCUAGGACAAUGGCUGAGAUGAAUCCGAGCUCCAGUGCGGCUCGGUUUUCAUGGUCGAGUGAAACUCCUCGCUCCGUUGAUGCACCAAGCGUCUCAACUCAAUUGUUGACUCCGUCGGAACAUAACCAAAAAAAAAUUUGUGCAGCUUCAGUGGAUGGCUGGGAACCAAGCAUGUCGUCUUUAGAUCUGCCACUUUACCCUGCACAUCCAACUUCAAACAUCGUAUCCCCCACUUCUGCUUCCAGUAUUGUGAGACGUUUGGAUCAGGAAUUUAAUCCAAGUGCGCCGUCACUAGAAUUCCAAGAGCUUGCCAGACGCAAACUGCAGCUCUCAUUCACCAAAGAAAACGGUCACUCUACUCCACCUUCUUUUGGUGGCGAGGAUCACUGUGAAGAGCCUAAACUGCCUUCGAAUCCAUCACCGUAUACAUUAAAGAUGAGAUCUACGUUUUGCCGAAAGAGUUUAGCUCUCAAACCAAGCUCUGAACAUUCAGUAUCUGGUCCAUUGCAAAGCUCGUUCGGGCGUUCUGAAGGGAGUAUAUUUUCCAUGGCUACUGUCGUUCGUGAAGGCAGCCAACGGCCUCCAGUGAUCUCAGGGUUACCCAGUGGAUCACUACCGAACAUCUCUAUCAUGGAGAAAAAAGCAACUGAACUAGUUGAUGGAAGGCCUCUGUGUACUCAAUCUAAUGCUUCUUCAACAAGCUCUACAUUAUCGGCCCCCUGCUCGUUAGUUGAAACUGGUGCUUCUUUCAAUAACUCUGACUUCAAGAGUUCUGGACGGGAGGGGAGCUUGGAUAAUUACAAGGAUAAGCCAGAAAAUUUCCAAGUGCUGUUCCCUACUGCACGUGCAAGUUUCUAUGAAGAACCUCAAAAUUCAUGGGGAGCCUCACGAAUGGUGGCUCCAGUGUGCACCCAGGUCGCCCACAGCAGCCUACAGAAUGUGUGCCAAAUACCUUGGCAUGCUUCGCCCAGGGGUAACACCCCAGGGAUGGAGCGCUGCGUUGGUACAGCUUACAUUGGUGGAUCAAACCCUGGGUUGGCACAUAUUAGUGCUCAGGAGCAAGCUACUGGUGAAAGUUGUGGGUACAUACAAGGAAACUUCAGCGAUGUCGGCGCUGGUCAUACAAACAAUGAGAAUCCAAACUCUGAUUGCAGAUAUAAUCGAACUGGACAAAGAUUCAAGAUUUGUGAGCGUGAAGCAGUAGGAGUAAACAUUUUCAGUGAGUUCCGUGAUCUUACUACUACAGAAUGCAACAAUAAAGACUUUUCCCAAAAGCCAACAAGCUGGAGGUGGAAUAGUGACCAGCAGAAUGAAGAAAUUGGAUUACCUUUUUCAAGAGGCAGGGGAACGAAUUGGGAGGUGAUGGUAGGAGGUGCUGGUGAUUGUGCAAGGAGUGUGAGCACCCUGAGACCCACCAUAGUGAUUAACUCUGACGAUGAUAAUGGCGACGAAGACGAUUCAUCAAGCUCUCACAGAGAAUGGAACGAGAUUCUAAUCAGUAUGCAGCAAAAGGGAAAAUGUUUAAGCAAGAUUGAAGAUUAAAAUUAAAUAGUAUUCAAAAGAAUUUGAAUAAUAUGGAAAAAGUGAUGAUGAAAACUGUCAAUCGACAAUCAUCAAUACGAAUCUGACUAAUCAGUUUGACCACAUCGAUGCAACAAAAUAAUAAACUCUUCUUAAAACCGUUUUUAAAAUUGGUUUCACUUUUUUAAAAACAAUGCUACAAUUUUCACUAGUUACAUACUAAUAAAUAUUUAAGUAGUGUUUUAAUAUUUUGAAAUAAUCAUCAUAAACUAAAAAUAAGUAAAGUAAUAUAUAGAGCAGUACAUAUACACGUGUAUAGAUAGAGAUACAUGAAGGAAGAAAAUUUAGAGAGAUAGAGAAAGUGCAAGAAAUAGAAUAAAAGAGACAUUCGGUUCCAUUUUUUUGAGUUUAAAAUGUUAUUUGGAUGUUGUAUGUGGGUUUUUGGGAUAGAGGAGGUAUAUUCAGGAGUUUUGUUGACCAGUGGUUAAAUUUGUAGAUUACAUUGUAGAUAUUUUUUCACAGUUUAAUAUGAUUUUGUAAUAAAUAAAGCUUUUUGAAUGUCAAAAGAAUC